GAUGCGUCAGUCCACCACUGCCGUAUCCUUCAUAGACUUUACCGCUACGCAUCUCUAACAUCUGUGUUGUUUUCGGCACCAUUUCAGACAGCUCGCUGAAGCGCUGAACCUUCCAUCUACAUGCAGACACCUCAUGCAAGCCGUAGGCAUUUCUUGUUACGCACUUAGAGCUCAAUGAAGGAUAAUGAAAUAUCAGUGAUAAAGAUAAAAUCGAUCCAUCGUAAGGAUGUAGUAAAAUCGAAAAAUUGAAUGAGUAUCCCGCCAGUCGACAGGUAUCUCAGCUUCUAAUGUUUCAUCAUGUUACAAGAUGUUCAUGUUGAGUAUGCUUAUUAUUACUGUCAUAACAUAUCGACAGCUAAAACUUAUAUUGACAAAGUAGAUAAUCGCUUCGGCAUGCAAAUACUGAGUGAGGCCUGCAACUUAUACGGAGAUGUUUAGUCAUAAAAUUCGUAUGAGCUCAGAGAUACUGUAGCCGUGAAAUGAGAAAAGGUCACCACCAGAGGCGAGCAUCGACGCUAUGCAGCCUGCCGAGGAUCACAGCCAUGACAGUAGGGCAAGCCUUGACUCAUGUUGCCCGGUCAGCUGGCCAAGCAGCACUGGGGACCACCAGGCUGAGCUGUGCCCUGCCUCACCAGAGCCCCAGUCCACCCGGGCAUCUGUAUGGCUUGGCUGGCUGUUGCUCACGUCAUGCACCUGACAGGCACCACACUGUUGCAAGCACAGAACAAAAUCUCUGCAGCAAGCAGUUUUUAACUUUGCACAGUAUUUACCAACACAGUACUUAACGUCUGGUGUUACAUUAAAAUAGCUAAUGGCUGUAACAUCAAGAACAAGAUGGAUACUUAAAUCUCCACUGUUGCUUGUAAUUGUUAAAUCAACUUAUCGUUAUGUGCAUGUAAAAAACUCUGUACCUUAAGACUGUUGACAGACACUGACGUUAGAGGAUUAUGUCAUGGCAGAACUGUUCUCACAUUGCACACUCUUUCCACAUUCUGAAGGCGUCGAUGGUGAAGCUUUGUGCUCUGUAUGACAUUUUGCAAACGUGGAAGACAAAUAUGUUAUAUCGCAUAGCUGCUAAUAAAUUUGGUGCAUUGUUCACAUAAAUUUAUGUCUUUUCACUGUUAUAUGAUCAAAACAUGGAGGACAUCA